AUUAGGUCCAUCAAAUACGUUGUUUUCCAUGUUUUAUGGAUGUUCACCCAAAUCCCAUAUAUUCAUAUUUGAAAUAAGCAAUAGGUGGGAACAAGAUGGCCGCGUUUUCAAUAUGAAUAUAUGGGAUUUUAGAUAGAACCAAUCAAAAAUAAGACAGCAAUUGUCGCCACUGUGGGUAAUAGAGUCACUGUAACCCGUGGCACAAAGCAGGAAAGUGCGCUGCUCCAUGCUCCAUAGUCCAUGCGAGAUUUGGGGAGAGCGUUCAAGUCGAACACGUGAAUCCCGCCGAGAGAAAUACUCCGUUUUAAGCCGAACAUGUAAAUCCGUUUCGGAUCGCUUUUUGAUCAGUCGGGUGAAAUUUUGAGCCAUAAGUCGAAAGCGCUAUUUAUAACAAAACGUGCUCUGUAAUCACCCUGUAAUACCUACCUAACCUCACUUUUUUUUACUUGAUGGAUUUUUCCCAAGGAUGUUUCGGAUUUUCCACUUAUCCCAGUGUUGUUGAUUUGUUGAUACUAACUGAUUGCUGAUUUAUUGAAUCCUAUCUUAUUUGUGCUAGUUGUGCUCUAAAUCCAGUUUAUUCAGCCUUUCAAAAUGACUUCUUUUGAAUUUAAAUGGACUAAAAACAAGAAACCAGAGGGCAGUAAGGUAAUUAAACUGAAAAAUACAAAAAGGAAACCUAUUCCAAUUAAAAAUCCAAGUGAAGAUCAGGAAAAACCAAAAGCAAAAAAUAUAGAAAUUAAUAGAAAUAUAAUAAAACCACAAUUCAAAGAAGUUGAGCAAGUUGUAUUUGAUAAUAACCCCACAAGUUUUAUUAAACGAAAAGGGAAAAAGGAUAAAUUGAAAAACAACAAUAAUCAAGACAGUCUCGCUGGUAAUAAAGUAGAAAUAUCAACAGCCAAGCAUCAUUCAUUGUUUUCCGAAAAGUACAAAAAUGUUCAUAUAAACCCAAAUGUUAGAGGCGCAUCAGUUGUAGAGAAAGUUUUCAGUGCCGGUAAUCAAUUCGGUGAACUCAAUAUUCACAAACAUAUUAUUUCUAAUCUUGAAAAACAUAAAUACACUCUUUUGACUAAUGUACAAGAAAAAGCAAUCCCAGAAGUCUUAUCAGGAAAAAAUUGUUUGAUAAGGUCUCAAACAGGAUCAGGAAAGACUCUUACCUAUGCAGUACCGAUUCUCAAUACACUCGUGAACAUAACGCCCAAACUUCAAAGGACAGAUGGUGUUCAGGCCAUUGUUGUGGUGCCCACUAGGGAACUUGCUUUGCAGACUCAUGAAUUGUUUAAUAAAUUGAAUACAUUUCAAUGGAUUAUCAUAGGUCAGAUAUGUGGAGGCGAAAAUAGGAAAACUGAAAAAGACAAAUUGAGAAGAGGAGUUCAUGUUUUAAUUGGAACACCCGGAAGGCUUCUGGACCACAUGCUUCAUACUGCUGCAUUUAAUGUCAAACAUGUUAGGUGUCUAGUACUAGAUGAGGCUGAUCGACUUUUGGAUAUGGGUUUCAAAAAGGAUAUUGUAAGAUUAGUUGAAGAAAUUGACAGUCACAAAGGAAAUUCUUCCUAUGAUCCCUUAGCUAUGUUGAAAGGGCAAAAAGCUUCAAAAACUAAUGAAGAAAAGACCACACAAAAUGAUGAAAGACAAACUCUUUUAUUAUCAGCAACAUUAACUAAAGGCAUAGCUGAAUUAGCAGAUUUUACUAUGAAAAAGCAUGUAUACAUUGAUGCUCUAGAUGAAUCAGCAACAACAAAUCCAGAUCAUAUGAUUAUACCAAACACCGUAAAACAAGAAUAUAUUCUUACCUUUGUCAAGCAUCGCUUAGUAACUCUGUCAGCCUUCCUGGUAUCUAAAGCAAAAGAAAAUAGUAAAACGUUUGUUUUUAUGGCUACUACUCAAAUGGUGGACUUUCAUUAUGAAUUAUUCACGAAAUAUUUACUUAAAAUGCCAAUAAAUAAGGGAAAACUGAAAAAUGGAGAUGUUUUAUUGCUGGACGAGGAGGACGAUAGUGAUGACGAAAUGCAAGCAUUGGAUAUGGAAAUAUUCAAGUUGCACGGUUCUAUGACUCAACAGGAGAGAAAAGCCGUUUUUAAUGGUUUCAGAAAAGCUGAGAAGGGAAUUUUGUUAUGUACUGAUAUAGCAGCCAGGGGCAUUGAUGUACCAGAAGCCGAUUGUAUUGUGCAAUAUACCGGUCCACAAUCAGAUGAAGAUUAUCUACAUAGAGUUGGACGAACAGGGAGAGCGGGAAAGUCUGGUUCGGCUAUCAUUUUCCUCACUCAUGAAGAACAAGAUUUCAUACCUCGUCUUCAAAAUCAUAAAGUCUUCCUUAAAGAACACGAUACUACCUUAUUGGACAAAAAUCUUACAGAAUUUAUGGAUGAACCUGACAAAUCGGAAGCUACUCUAGCUUUACAAAGGAGAUAUGAAACAGCUAUAGCAAAAGAUAAAGAGUUACAUAGAAAAGCUUGUUUUGCAUAUUCUUCUUGGUCCAGGUUCUACAGUGGAUUUCCAAUUAAAAUGAAGUCGGUUUUUGACUUAAAAAGAGUAAACAUUGGUCAUUAUGUCACUAGUUUUGGAUUACAAGAAUCCCCAACUACAGUGGCUAGGAUCGUCCGAGGACAGGCUACAAAAAGUGAACCUAAAAGACUAAAUAAGAAGCUUGCAAACCAUAUGGACAACGUAGAACUUAAAAUUCCAACACAGAAGAGGUCACGCAAGUCAGUUGGUUCAUCGACGUCAGAGUUUUCAAGCGGUUUGACACCUGCUAGAAAGAAACAGAAAAAGUACUAAUUUUAAUUUGUUUUUUGUAAGUUGUUAUUAUACAAAUUAUACAAUAAAAUGAGUAUUUUAUUAUUAAUAUUUUUUGUUAGAGAAAAAUUGGGAUUCCUAGAUGAAUUUUUUUUUCUCUUGAAUGUUCUGUUUUAAGAGUGGGAAUACGGAUACUGCCCUGUCGUAGAUGAUGCAACGCCUCUAUGUAAAAAAAAACACUCUAGAAAUGUUUUGAAAAAACUAUAACUAUUGUAAUUAUUAAAGGUCAUAAUUUUGUAAAUAGGGAACUUGCAAGUGAAGUAAAAUUUUCCAAAUUUGUUUUAAAUCGAUAGUUUAUGCUGCACAAUAUUCAUA